AUGACAUCGUACUUGCAGGCUAGCAAUGAGCGAACGACCAGCUCGGGCAUGAGCUUUUUCUCGAAUCAACGGAUGAGUGCAUUGGCCAGCCGAAUAGGAACGGAUGUACUUACAGAGCUUGUUGAGGACCUAGAAACCAUCCUUGUGUCACGAGUAUGUUCGCAAAACGACUAUUCGCCGUCUACGGUUGAGUUCCAGUCGCCUCUAGCCGGUGUUAACGUGACGUCAAGCGAAGCCGGGGCCUAUAUUGACGCCUACUUUGACCGGGUCCAUCCUAUUUACCCCUUUCUUGAUAUACAAGUGUUCACCUCGCAUACUGCUAAUUGCCACCGUACUGGGACAUCGAAAUGCAGCAAAGCAUGUUCGGCAAUAUAUCAUGCUGUCCUAGCUUUGGGUAGCCAGUACCACCAAGGCGGCAGCUUCAUACCAGGUUCGGGAAAGGCAUGGAGCUCUGACAGCUAUGGUGAGAGCUCAAAAUCCUCGCUUAUUAUUCUCUCACACCUAAUGUUCGAGUUGCAGUCCAUCUUUGCAAUGAAUGCCUGCUGUCUUCAACUAGAUCAGGCGUUGGUAUACGAAGCCGCUAGAAUGGCGCAAAGCCUACGCUACCACAAAUCUUCAAAUGCUCAACCAGCUCACUUGAAGGUGUUCUGGACUAUAUACCACUUGGAAAAGAUUGCCUCCUUCUCUGAUAACAAUAGCUCAGUGUUCGCUGAUGAAGAUAUUGGAUGCGACAUCCCUUCCGUCCCGGAGUCAAUGUUCGGAGACUACAACUGGUUCCUAUCCGCCAUCCAUCUAAGCAGACUGACAUCGAUCGUAUACACCACCCUGUUUUCGACGAGGUCUUCUUUGAAGUCCACAGAGGACUGCCUAUGCUCUAUCAAACACGUACGGCGCGGGCUAGAAGAAUGGCGCUUAUCGGUACAUGUGGCAUUUCGGCCGAAGGAGCCAAUCCGACUAAGUGAAAUUGGAAGUCCGAAUAUGAAGAUGGUCGCUAUACAGACGCAUUACUUGUACUACAACCUCGUUUUUGCUGUAGAACGCCUAUGCCUUCACGUCGACCCCGAUGAAAAGCUGGAUCGCGAGGAUAGCAAGUGGGAAUUGAUGAACGCAGCGCGCACUGUCAUUGAACUUGUUUCGUUCAUUGAAAUCAAGCCUCAUAUGCCUAUCUUCGUUGCUGGUAUCAUGCCAUUAUCGGCAGUCUUCGUUCUGUUUGAUUUUGUGAUUCACAACCCCGCUCAUAGAGAAACGGAAAGUAAUAUUGCCUUCCUUGAUCAGGCUGCGGCAUACUUCAGUCAGCUUGACUACGCCUCUAAGGGCGCGCUCCCAGGAAGCAUCAUCUCAAGUUUUGCAGGAAUUGCCCGACAAUAUAUUCUCAAGUUGCGGGAAAGGGUACCCACGCCUACCAUCUCGAAGCCGGAGAUGCAGCAAGGAACCCAACCAAUAUGGGAUUACGGGCCAGAUAUUGAUUUCAAAGAUAUAGAUCUUUCUUCGAUAAUGUCGCAGCAGAAUUCCGGGCAACUUCCUUUCACGAGCUUUGCCACGCCAUCGCCGUAUAGUCUCGACAUGCUCAAUUACCCCCCAUCCCAGGAUAUGCAUGCCUCGAACAACCAAGUAGAGGACCUGCGAUCCAUUUUCGGCCUUGUGUUCCCUGAUUGGGCAGGGGAUGUAUAG